AUGGCCUCGCUUGCUGUCGUCUGCGAUGCACCGCUGCUCGCUAUCGUCUGCGCGUUCCAAGCUGGCUGGCCGAGGGCGCUUCUCGACUACCACCGCGCAAUCUAUGUUCCGUCGCUUUCCCAGCUCAGCGUGCUGGACCACGCCGCGUCGACCGGUGCCACCAAGGUGCUCGCCGCUGCCUACAAGCACCCGAGCGUCUACUGCGUCAGCGCCGCCGCCAUGGACGCAGCGGCCUCGAACGGGCAUUUCGAGACGGUGGAGUGGCUCCAUCACCACGGCGCUCCAUGCUCGGUGUGGGCUAUGAACGGAGCCGCCAAGCGCGGUCACUUGGCGAUUGUGCAGUUUUUGCACGCGCAUCGCAGCGAGGGUUGCACCGAGUAUGCGCUGCACCACGCACUUCUCUCGAGCCACACGACGACAGCAGCGUUCCUCUUGGCGCAUCGCGCCGAAGGCUGCUGCUCGUACACGCUCGUGCGGGCCGCGCAGCUCGGGCGGUUGGACCUCGUCGAGUUCCUCUUCCUCCAUCACCUCCAAGGCCGCAGCGGCGCACAGGCUAUGGACAUUGCUGCCACGUGGGGGCAUCUCGCGAUUGUACAGUAUCUGCACGACCACAGCGACAGCGCUUGCACGACGCAGGCCCUCGACGGGGCCGCGAUGCACGGCCAUGCACACGUCGUGGCCUUUCUCGUGCUGCAUCGGCGCGAAGGCUACUCCAGCCUCGGCCUCGAGCGAGCGCGCCACCGCGGCUUUGACGCGAUCGUCCAGACGCUCUUGUCGUAUCCGCAUCUCCUGCGGUACUAGCCAACUCGCUUUUAUUUAUUUAUAACAGGCAAAGGUCCACUGCAUCCUCAAUACAUUUAUCCUUACGCGUCCGCUACAGCCGGCGGUGUGUCGUUCGUUACCGA